AUGCCAGAACUCAUAUAUGUCAUGGACGUGGUCAAUAGCAAUGUCCCGUCGAACGAGACCGACAUUCUCCUCACGGCGCUGGGCAAGGAUGACGUUUUGGGUCAGGACAUCAUCAAAAAGGCAACAAAAACCAUCGAGCAGAAAAACAUCACGGUCGAGAUACCAUGCAAAAUGGCAAAACCAACCUAG